UCAGGUUCUCAGUUGCUUCAUGGAUAUCUGUAAAUGGUACUCAUUUGAUGCUACGUAUUUGUUUGCAUAAUCAAUGUAACUGGACACGCCUGAGUAGACAAGCACACCCGUCAGAUGUCAGAUAUUGCUCACAUGAGUAAUGGGUGCAGGAUUCAAAUGAAGUUGUUUAUAAGAUCCAGGUGAAUACUGUAUACCACGAAAUGUUAUAUCUACUGACAAAAAAAAGUAAUCGCCUCAUCGUUGCUUUACUUUUGGAUCAGCGUGAAAAACAGAAAGAAGCAGGGUUUGUUUGUUUUGCAGGCUGUAUUCCAGCGCUUCUCAAUUGUAAAUCAUUUGUAUUUGUUCCUCUAGUCUGAAUAAAUAGCCGGCGCCGUGUUUUUAUGCUUGUUCACUUGGGCCAUGUGAUGACUUUGUGGUGGCUGGCUCUUUAAACCGCGCCUCACUCAGGAUGCUCGCCUUCUUCCCCAUCUCACUCCAAUCAACUCCCACCGAAUCUGACACCUGCGGGCGCCUUUUGGCAGAUUGGAAGCGGUGAGCUUCCUGGGACAGUAAUGGAUCGAGUGUGACUCCUUCCUCCAUUUUGCUACCCCGUUUGCCCAUCUAACUCGGUAACUAUGGAUUCUUGUCAGCGAGGCUGCACACCAGCUGUGCGCCUUUGUCAGAGGGUGAACCGGUUGAAGACGCUCGAUGACGACAUGAUGACCACGUCACUGAAACGCUGCCUCUCCACCCUGGACCUGACUCUGUUGGGUCUGGGUGGCAUGGUGGGCUCUGGCCUGUAUGUCCUGACCGGGACAGUGGCCAAAGACACAGUUGGGCCUGCUGUCAUUGUGUCCUUCAUUUUUGCAGGUUUUGCCUCUUUGUUAGCUGCUUUUUGCUACGCAGAGUUUGGAGCACGAAUUCCCAAAACCGGAUCAGCGUACAUGUUUACCUAUGUCUCAGUGGGAGAGGUCUGGGCCUUUUUGAUAGGUUGGAAUGUGAUUCUGGAGAAUAUGAUUGGUGGUGCUGCUGUGGCACGGGCAUGGAGUGGCUAUUUGGACGCAAUUUUUAACCAUGCCAUCCAGAACUUUACUGAAUCCCACAUAAUGAGGUGGGAUGUGCCCUUCCUUGCCCAAUACCCUGAUAUGCUUGCAGCAGGGAUUCUACUGGUUGCCUCACUUUUUAUUUCCUUCGGAGUUCAAGUGUCCUCCUAUCUUAAUCAUAUAUUUUCCACUAUCAGUAUGUGUGUUGUAGUUUUUAUUCUAGUCUUUGGAUUUAUGUUGGCUGAACCGGCUAAUUGGAGCCAGAAGGAAGGAGGGUUUGCACCUUUUGGAUGGUCCGGAAUCUUGGCAGGCUCAGCCACGUGCUUCUACGCAUUUGUAGGUUUUGAUGUGAUUGCCUCCUCUAGCGAGGAGGCCAAGAAUCCACAAAAGGCUGUUCCCAUUGCCACAGCAAUAUCCCUUGGACUGGCAGCAACAGCCUACAUCCUGGUGUCCACAGUGCUUACAUUAAUGGUUCCCUGGCAUACGCUGGACCCCAACUCAGCUCUGGCAGAUGCUUUUUUCCGUCGAGGUUACAGUUGGGCUGGAGUUAUUGUGGCAGUGGGUUCCAUCUGUGCCAUGAACACUGUGCUUCUCUGCAAUCUUUUCUCCCUCCCUCGGAUUGUGUACGCCAUGGCAGAAGAUGGGUUGUUCUUUCAAAUUUUUGCACGUGUCAAUCCAAUCACCAAAGUCCCCAUCAAUGCUAUUCUGGUUUUUGGAUUCCUCAUGGCCACCAUGGCUCUCAUCUUUGAUCUCGAGGCUUUGGUUCAGUUCUUGUCUAUUGGAACCCUGCUGGCCUACACAUUUGUAGCGGCCAGCGUUAUCGUCCUUCGCUUCCAGCCAGAGAAAAAACACUCCAAAGAGACUUUAUCCACAUCUCCCAAUCCAAAUGCAGAGCCUUCCCCUGCUCCCUCAGAAUGCCAGAACAUAUCACAGGACAGUGAGGAUCUGAAACAGUACGAGUCCUUCUCUGACAAGCUGCAGUUGGUGGACAAGCAGCAGACAAGGGAGCGCAGGGCGGUAGGACAGCUAAAGGCCUGUUGGGAACCCUACCUGGGCCGGCUCCUGGGGAACUGCGAGCCAGGGGAGGUGGUGGCCCUCUGUGUACUGGGCCUGUUAGUGACCUCAGUGUCCUUUUCUGGCGUGCUUGUAUUUGGCGUCACGCAGCUGCAGCUCCCAAGCUGGAGCUAUAUCACCCUCCUGGUGAUUUUUAGUCUUGCCUAUGUUCUCAGCAUGGCAGUUAUAUGGGUUCAUGAGCCACAGACUAACACCAAAACAUUCCAGGUACCUCUGGUACCACUUACUCCAGGCGUCAGUAUCCUCAUCAAUGUAUUCCUUAUGAUGAAGCUCAGCGCUCUAACCUGGAUUAGGUUCACUGUCUGGAUUGCCGCAGGUCUCUUGGUGUAUUUUGGCUAUGGAAUUUGGCACAGUAAAGAGGGAAGGAGGGAGUUGCAUCCCAAAGACUUGGCGGCUCGGUAUGUCGUGCUCCCCAGUGGCAGCCUGGUCGAAACUGUGGAGUCCAUCCAGCCCGAACAAGCAGAUGCCACACCCCCCUGCAUGAACCCUGCCAUGACAACUGAGGAGUUUGCUGGAAGAAGAUGAUGCAUGACUGAAUCGAAUGAUUACACCUGCCUGAUAUCUGCUCUUUCCUACCCUUAUCACUAUAUUUUUUACACAGCUGACUGCCCUGUUGCUUUCUGUACCGUCGCUCUGCAAGUAUAAGUACACCAAAGCAUAGUAUCUGCAUCCUUUGUUUUGUUGUGAAGCAUAUUUGUAUAUCUUAUCAUACUCAAAUGCAAAGUUGAGACCUUUCUUCGUAAGACGUAUCACAUCAAAGACAUGGAAAAAUCAUACGAGGCUGUCGGCCAUACGCUGUACGGUGCUUUUUCUGUGACAGCCUUUUGUUAGAUCAAGGGUUCUUAACUGUGAUUUUCUUAUGCACCUUUAACAUUUACAGCAAACCAAAAAUCUCAAUAGGCCAGGUGAAGCGUACGUAGUACCGGUACGUGUUGUAUUUUUGGAGCCGGUCAGAGAAAUACACUGUUCUCAAUUCUCCACUUUAAUCGCAAGGCUGACUAUCAGAUUUAGAGAAUGUGGAUGGAUCUCCCUAUGGAACAUUUCAACUGCCCUUGUUGUAAUGGAAUAUUACAUUUUUUUUUUUCUUUAAUGUUUUUUUCCCUUCAAGUUUUGUGUUCCUUCAAACAGUGAUUUUUCGUUUGUCUUUGUAUGGAAAAUAUGAACACACACACACUUUAAAUUGAAAGUGCAACAGUUCAGUGCUUCACCUAAUCUCCUGAAUCACAUGACCCUGAUCUCUUUGGUCGCAAUUCUUUUUUUUUUUCUUUUUUCCCUAAUGCACCGUUAAGCAACAGUCCUUUCCCUUGUCAAUAGCAUCACUGUAGAUGUCAAAGCACAUUAUUACAUUCAGGAAAUUUGAGCACAAAUUGAAAAUCUUUUCAGAGAAUAUUUUUUCCAGAAACAGGUUAUCGUUAAAUCUGUUUUAUCUCUGUGAGGUCUCCUUAAUCUCAGAUUUGGAGGUGUCACCAGGCUGCGGUUUGACCUCUGCAACAGAUAAAAAUAUGUCUCCUAAUAUAGGCUACUGUACUAUACAUUCCCACGUCUGCACUUGUGCAUACUGAUGAGUAUCUAAUGUUAGUUUACAGUGUUUUGUUUUUUUCACUUGUCUGCUUACAAAACCUACGGCCUUAAACAUGUGAAUCAAAGAUGAUAGAUUAAUCAAGUGAUCAGGAUAUAUAAAAUUGCUCGAUUCUACAAUAAAUUUACAUACAGCCACUUGCACAUUGUCAUUUAUUGUUUAUUAUAGUGUGUAAAACCAAAUACAGACCUGGAACAGAAUGUAAAUGUUAGUAUUGUUACAAAAAGGUGUGAGGCCCCAGAAGAUUUGAAUUCUCUGCUUAUUUAUUUUUAACAGGGUGCACAGAUACUCUAUUAUUUUCCGAACGACCAAUGAGGAUUUUCCCGCACAUCACAGUCUCAAUUUCUCACUUCUGUCUGUAUGAAAGUGCUGUGUCAUAUACUGUCUGGAAAAUAAAAGUUUUGAAGCAUUAUUAAGAAAAAUCUA